AUGGAAGAAUCUGCGCCGGUUUCGCGUAUGCGGGAGCUUGAACCGUUCACGGCGCCGUCGUUCGAGGAACAAGUUACUCCAGCUGCAUUUGAUGAUGCAGAAGGCGUGACACCGCCAUCAUGCGCCACGCCGGCCACGCUCUCCUCCACUACAACGCAGCUCUCUCUCAUCAUUUCAUCACAAGUUCACAACCAGCUAUCCUUCUGCGGCGACGAGUACGACGCCGUGAAGCCUCUGAUGGCAUCAACGGCGACCUUCAAGGAGCAGCUGUGGGCCCACAUCAACUUCUGGGCCCGCAGCCGCAAGAGCAACAGGAUCAAGCGCUUCUUCGCCGAGGUGCGCUACAAGCACGGCAAUGCCGCCGUUGAAGUGUGCGUCGUCAUCGAGGAGCCGCUUGGCCGGCACAGGAAGAGCUGCGCGUUCUGUCCUGGCAGCUGGGACAUUUUGCACCCUGCCGGCUCCCGUAAGUUCAUCCUUGGCAACGACAAGGACCGGAUGGUGCAACGAAUCCAGAGGCCAAAGUUCUCUAGUUACAUUGGGAUGCCGUUCACUUGCCGCCCGGGUCCCGACUCCCCCGGUGCUCCUCAUCAUGUCGGUCGGACAUAA